AUGACCAUCUCUAUUGAACAAGUCUCGCAACACAAUUCCAAAACCGACUGUUGGAUCAUAUUCCAUAGUAAGGUUUAUGAUAUCACCAAUUUUGUAUCGAAGCAUCCAGGAGGCGCCAAAAUCUUAAUGAAACUUGCUGGUAAAGAUGGAUCGGCUCAGUUCGAUAAAUUCCAUACCCUUGAUAUCAUGAAAUCUUACAUUUACGAAAAACUCAUCAUUGAAGUUGGCUCUUUGGAUGAUUCUGCUGCAGAGGCAGCGGUCGCUGAGGCGACAAUAAGGGCCAAAGAGGAGGCCCAACAAGAAGCAUCGGUCAUCAACAAGUACGAGCCACAAAGAAUAUCCAAUCUCAAAAAUAAACCUCCAUUGGAUCAAAUAAUGAAUUUAUAUGAUUUUGAGUACGUGGCCAAUAAAACUUUGGAGCCGGUAGCCAGAAAUUAUUAUUCAUCAGGAGUUGAUGACGAAAUCACCGUUAGAGAAAACCAUUUUGCUUAUAAACGCAUUUUCUUCAAUCCUAGAGUGUUGAUCGACGUCACCGAGUGUGACAUUUCUACCAAUUUAUUAGGCCAUAAUACCAGCGCACCAUUCUAUGUUUCUUCCACCGCCAUGCAAAAGUACGCUCAUCCUGAAGGUGAGAAAGUGUUUGCCCAUGGUUGUUCCCGUGAAAAUAUUGUGCAAAUGGUGCCAUGUCUUUCAUCGUAUCCUUUCGAGGAGAUUUCCAAAGAAAUAAAGCCAGGUACUCCCUUUUGGUUCCAACUUUACCCUUCUGCUCAUGAUGGGCUCAAUGAAGAAAUAAUCAGAAAAGUGGAAGCGGCUGGAUGCACAGGGAUCUUUAUUACGGUGGAUAAUGUAUAUGGCGGUAAUCGUGAAAAGGAUAGACGAGUAAAAGCGAUAAUGGGACACCUUAUCGAGUUGGAAAAGAACAAAGGCAGCAUAUCCAAGGAUGAUAUGGAUCGUCUCUAUAUGGUAUCCUCUGCUAAAUCUGAAGACCAAGAAGAAACAAAAGACGAUGACUCAGCACUUGGUAGGAGAGCCGUUACUUGGUUAACUUGGGAGAAAAUGCGUCAUUUGAAAAGUAUCACCAAAAUGAAGUUUUAUCUCAAAGGUAUUCAGUCUAUCCCUGAUGCUCGGCUUGCGGUAGAAAACGGCAUGGAUGGUAUCGUAUUAUCAAAUCACGGAGGUCGUCAGGCAGAGUAUUCUAAAUCUACAAUUGAAGUACUUUACGACUUGAAUCAAGCAGGUAUUACAACACAAAUUGAUGUAUUUAUUGAUGGCGGGGUAAGACGGGGCACAGAUAUCCUCAAGGCCCUUUGUCUUGGUGCUAAGGCCGUAGGACUUGGACGAGGACUAUUAUAUCCGGUGGCUACAUAUGGCGAAGCAGGUCUAGUGAGGGCUAUCCAGAUGUUGAAAGAAGAAAUGGUGACUACCAUGCGCAAUAUUGGCGUCAGGAAUUUGAAUGAAUUGAAUGAGGAAUUGAUCGAUACCAUCAAUUUGAAAAGUAGGGGUUCUAACUUUGGAUAUUCUGAAGACUUGUAUAAUAGAGCAAGCUUGCCAUUAUUGCCACCUAACUUUGGUAACGUGAAGCUAUAA